GGUUCUUAAAACAUCUUUAUUUGUUCCCAAGAAUCCUCAAGCACAAAUGAUGCAAAUAUCAUAAUAUAAAGGCAAGGUAACGAAACCAAUAUUGUUUUAUUAUGUGCAGUGAAACACCUACUCUUUAUCAUUUGGAAUGCGUAAGUUUGAGUAAGCAAAGUUAUUUUAAACUCAUAAGUCAGUUAUUGCAAACCACAGAAACACCAGAGGUUUGUCUUUGCAGUCCCUACGUUUGCAGAAUUAGGAUCUCAAUUAGACAAGAACUCUGAAUCAAAGCUGAAUUGUUGGAAAGGUGGGACAAGAAAGAAGUUAUUGCAGCAAAGGAGAAAUUAAGAACUGGAAGAACUGGGUUUUAUUGAGAGUCUCAUAGACUUGUGGGUAGCCAUGAAGGUCUAAUUUGCAGAAGAUAUUAGUGGUGAAUCACACAGAAGCCUGUUAGGUCAGCACUGAAACAGAUGGUGAAAUCUGAGGGGCAAAUGAAAGAGCAGAGAAAACAGCUUUGCAGUUAUUUAUGGGAGUGAACUCAAAUUACAGCUGGAGAUUAUGCUUCAGUAUAUACAGAAAUCAUUAAAUUUGUAACCUGAAAUGCAGAUAUUUUUAGUGUCAGGUAAUGUGGUGGUAUAAAGACGUGAGGAAGAGUGCCAUAUCUAGGAGAACUGUUGGGUAAAAUACAGUGUUUCCUGUGUACAUUCCAUGGAAAAGUAAAAGGAUUUGAAAGCUACGUUCUAGAGAAAGUUGUGUGGUUUCUGUUACACAGAGAAAUGCAGAAAUUUCAAGAAACUGCUAAGCAUGUCACUGUUGCCCAAUUGAAUUCUGCUUGCUCAGAUGCUGUGAUUGCAAGAAGAUACAGUAUUCAGAAGAAACUUGGCAGUGGAAGCUUUGGAAGUGUUUAUCUGGUUUCUGACAGGAAAGCAAAACAAGAAGAAUUAAAGGUUCUAAAGGAAAUCUCUGUUGGAGACCUAAAGCCUAAUGAAACAGUUGAAGCAAAUCUGGAAGCACAGCUACUCUCCAAAUUAGACCAUCCAGCCAUUGUCAAAUUUUAUGCAAGCUUUGUGGAGCGAGAUAGUUUCUGCAUCAUCACUGAAUACUGUGAGGGUGGAGAUCUAGACUUUAAAAUUCAAGAGUACAAAGAAUCUGGGAAGAUAUUCACUCAAAGACAAAUAAUAGACUGGUUUAUACAGUUGUUACUUGGAGUCAACUAUAUGCAUGAAAGGCGGAUACUUCACAGAGAUUUGAAAGCCAAGAAUAUAUUUUUGAAAAAUAAUCUUCUUAAAAUUGGGGACUUUGGAGUUUCCCGUCUUUUGAUGGGUUCAUGUGAUCUGGCAACUACAUUUACUGGGACACCAUACUACAUGAGUCCAGAAGCACUGAAGCACCAGGGAUAUAACACAAAAUCUGACAUUUGGUCUCUGGGAUGCAUUUUAUAUGAGAUGUGCUGUAUGAACCAUGCAUUUACUGGACACAAUUUUUUGUCUGUUGUGUUAAAAAUUGUAGAAGGGGAUACACCUUCUCUUCCUGACAGUUAUCCAAGCAAACUGAAUGCUGUGCUGUGUAGCAUGUUAAAUAAGAAUCCUUCAUUAAGACCAGCAGCAGCAGAGAUCCUAAAAUUCCCUUAUAUUGAUGAACAACUAAAGAAUAUACAGUACAAUUUCACAAACAUGACUGUGAAAGACAAGGCACUUAACUGGCAGAAAGAAGCUGCUCCCAUUUUUGAUGCCGUGCAGAGGAAAGUUCAUUUGCAAACUCUGCAGGAACUGUCUGAAGUACAGAAAAUGACACCGCGGGAACGAAUGAGGCUGAGGAAGUUAAAUGCUGCAGAUGAAAAAGCAAAGAAGUUGAAACAACUGGCAGAAGAAAAGUAUCAAGAAAAUAUCAAAAGAAUGCAAGAAUUCAGGUCACGCAAUUUUCAGCAGCUGAAUGUCAAUGUCCUGCGUGAACCUGAUGAGCAGACUUCAAAACCCCUAGUUCAUUCUCAGCCAGUGUGCGACUAUGUGUCCAAAGGACAUGAUGAACCAAGUGGAGAUGAGACAAGUCAACUCUGCAUGUCUGAACUCACAGACCAUGAGAUCCCCGAAGACCCAGAAAUUGCAGAAGAAUAUUAUAAUGAUGAGUUUGAAUCCUGUUCAGAAGGCAGUGAAGAGGAGGAGGAUGUGGAAGCGUCACAGACUGCUUCUAAGACAAAUCACCAGGACAGUGACAUUGAGGCAAUGGUCAAGUAUUUGGAGGGUGUUCUGGAUAGUAGCUCUUUGGGCUCGGGGACUGUCACCGGAAUGUCUCCAAGGGCACCCCAGGGAUUCAGAGCUCUCAACAGCACUAUGGCUGAGACCAAACUGAAACACAUGAGGGAAUCUGCCAUUGGGAAGCUGGGAGUGGAGGUAUUUGAGGCCGUGUACGGGUAUCUCAAGCAAGCGAGACAGCAGAAUGCCAGUGAGGAGGAGAUAAGGAGACGUCUGGAGAAACUGGUGUCUAGAGCAAGUGACUGCUUUGAAGUGGAUCAGCUUCUCUACUUUGAGGAGCAGUUACAGGCUUCAGCAUCAUGUCUUCAGCUGUAAAAUGCGUGUCAAUAACAGCGUUGGAAAUCGCAAGGAGGUGUGAAGGUGCUGAGCUGCCUUCUUCAGGCCAGCAAGCAAAUACAGGAGGUACUACUAGCGUAGCACAUAAACAUAAGGUAGCGUAGUACAUAAACAUGUGGGUAAACCAGAGUUCCUUUUUUUUCACCACUUAAGGCAUAAAGAAAUAAUUCCUUCUGGGUCUUGGCCAGGUGUCAGUCCUGCACGCAGGGCAUCACUGGCAAAGCUGCCUCUGAUGGAAAUGGUGCAGAAUUAGACUCCAGCUGCUGUUGAUUCCUGUGCUAACUGGUGCCCAUGACAUUUAAGCCCAUAUUUUUUGUACUUUGUCAGAUUUAUCCUUGAACACACACACACACAUAUACAGCUACUCAGCCUCUAAUUGUCUUGUCAUUAUUUAUUGUUCAAAAGGAUUGCAUUUAAUCUGUAUGACUUUCAAAGGAACUGUGAAAACACCUGCAUAUGUGUAUAUAUAUAUGUAAAAAUACACAGAGAUAGGUGUGUAUAUCCAUAGAGGCAGAAAGAUGUCUGGCCAUACACUGUAUGUAUGUGUAUGUAUAGAGACAGAGACUCAAGGCCCGAGCUGUAGCUCACUGUGUUAGAUAGGAAUCCUUACUGUGACUUCCGAGAGUUUUGGAUCAAAUACAUUGUACACAGAUGAAACAAUAAACUGAUUUUUGUUUGUUUGUUUGUUUGCACAUGGUUGCUGUCAAUGUUUUUUUGUUAGUGUUUAUAUUCCCUUCUUCAUAUGCGUCAACACUUUUGCUGAUUUCAACUGUAUAUUGUGCUCUGAUUAUAUACUUGAUAUUUCCCAUCUACUUCUUCCUUCUUUAUUCUGCAUUCUGAGCUCCUUCAUCCAUCUGUGUAAAACACUAAAGGAUAACAAAGUGGUACAAUCUGUAAAGGAAUCUCAAAUAAAUC